UACCAGCAUUGGCAUCAAGCGUAGCAGUCAAAGCCCAAUUUCACGCGCCGCCGAAAUUAAAAUUAAAAAUAAUUUAUUCAUAGAGCCCCGUCUGUAAUACUCUAUGGCAAAGGGCGGGAAAAUCUCCCGGCCUGCCAGUACCUAGCUACGCUUCGAGCGCGGCGUACGUGCGUGCGGAAUUCAAAUUUCGAACACGGAUUCGAAUCGCGUAUUAAUAAACUGUGUGUUUGACGUUUAUUUUUUUUAAUUUCAACAGUUUUCGGCCAGUGUUCUGUUUUGGAUUGCAUGAUUAGUUUCACGAUCCAAGGAACAUAAUUCAUGGCAACAUAUGGAUACAUAUGAAGUAUGUCACGAAAAACAUACACCUGCGAUAGAAGUAACGGACAUAGAAAUGAUUGCAAAGAGAUAGCGAACGAUGAAGUUACAAUGAAAACAAGUGUCAGUGUUAAGUCACAGUGUAGAGUGACGAGUAGAUGUGCCAAUGCGUUGUUCCUGCUGUUAAGGAUACAGAAGGUGACUGUGUUGCAGCAAUGGACGGUGUUUUUUUUGUUGUUUAGUUGUGUUUUUGCGAGAGAACAGAAGUUUGCUAUUGAGCCACAAGAUCAGAGUGCAGUCGUCGGAUCAAGAGUGACGCUACCCUGUCGAGUGGUUAACAAAGUCGGGCAGCUACAAUGGACCAAAGAUGACUUUGGACUUGGUACACAUCGGCAUCUCACCGGCUAUGAGAGAUACAAGAUGGUUGGCAGCGAUGAAGAAGGUGACUACUCGUUGGACAUCAGAGAAGUGUCAUUAGACGACGAUGCUCUGUACCAGUGCCAAGUCAGCUCAGGACCCAGAGGAGAACCACCAAUAAGAUCACGAUACGCCCGGCUGGUGGUUCUAGUCCCGCCUGAGCCACCGAAGAUACUCCAAGGUUCUACGUUACUAGCGGUUGAAGACAGGGAAGUCAAUUUGGAGUGUGUUUCAACUGGCGGGAAGCCUGCUGCUGAGAUAACGUGGGUGGACCACGACGGGGGCGUGAUCGUGCAGGGGGUGACGUAUACUACAGAACAGAUGACAGAUGGGAGCAGGCAUAUAGCCAGGUCGGUGCUUCGUCUACGGCCGAGAAGGUUUCACCACAACCAGACAUUCACGUGCCAAGCCCAGAACACAGCCGACAGAGCUUAUAGAUCCGCGUCUAUUAGACUGCAGGUCCAAUAUGCCCCAAAAGUGCGUGUUUUCAUCAAAUCCGGCGCAGCCAGCGGCAGGAUACAUGAAGGGGAUACCUUAGCAGUCGGCUGCCAAGCUAAUGCCAACCCUAACAACUUGACAUACAGAUGGUUUCUGAACAAUGAACAAAUCGCCGGUGCAGUCAGAAAUGAAUUGAUAUUACCGAAUAUUUCUCGAAAAUUCAAUGAAGCUACGGUCAAAUGCGAAGUACAUAAUCCGGUUGGGAAGAGCGCAGACACGAAGUCAUUGGAGGUCGCAUACGGCCCCACAUUCCGCCAAAGACCAAGAGACGUGGAAGCAGAAACUAGUUCCUCGGCCACUUUGACCUGCCUCGUAGAUGGGUACCCAACUCCGAAGAUAGAGUGGGUUGUGUAUAGAGGAGAACAUGUCGUGAUCGCGGGUAAAUCACCUAAUCUCACUGUCACAGUGAAUGCCGCUACAGCAGGCCAGUAUUGGUGUAAGGCUAGUACGGAUGGAUAUCAGUCUAUUGAAGCUCCUGCUAUGGUUUAUGUUAGAGGUCCGCCGAAAAUAAUGUCAAACCAAACACAAUACGGCGUAGAGGGAGACAGCGUGAGGAUAGAAUGUAUCUCCUUCUCUGUCCCGAAGCCCGAUUACGUGCUCUGGUCGUUCGGAGGGAAUGAAAUUAACUCAUUCUAUAACCAGGAAUACGCAUUUUUAGAAGAAACCUUAACAGAUGGGAAGACGAAGUCAACUCUAAUAAUAAGAGAGAGCGAUGCAAGGCAUUUUGGUACUUACAACUGUAGUGUUUCCAAUUUGUACGGCUCGGAUAGUAUUGAAAUACGACUUAUACCUGACAAAUCUCUCCCCCUGAUCCUCAUAAUAAGCAGCGGUUCCUCAGCCAUCAUAGUCAUCCUAAUAAUCAUGCUGAUCGUUAUGCUGUGUCAUCGCAAGAGAGACGUGGACAAGAAGCCAGACAUCACUAAUAUCAAAGCUAGUGUCGACCCAUUUAAGGAUAGCGAUAGGAGUUCUAAUAUCAGUGAUUUGAAGAUGGAGUUACGGCAGGUUGAGGGGAGCUGUGAAAUGGACGCAUCAAACGGAUCUGACACAGAGUUCCAUUCAAACCUCCAGCUGACAACAAACCUAGGUCUACCGCUGGCCGGCCCAGUGUCUAUACCAGAUCCUGGUAUUGAUAAUGAGUUGAUGAAGUACCAGCGAUAUAGUGGAGACUUCAAUCAGGCCAUCAGCCAUUUGAAUUUCAAGGGUGGACAGAGUAACGGCUACGUACCAUACGUAGACUAUUCCAGAGACUACGCUCCUCCCCAGCCUGACAGUCUGACAGGAUCGUUCUCUAGAAGUACAGAAUACCCAGCCCAGUGCGGGUCUUUAAACAGGCAAGCUAGCUGCGGAAGGUUGGGAGGGCUAGUUGGGCCUGAUGUUAUCCCGAUGGCUAAUCAAGGAGCUUUAAGCGGCGGCGUGGACGUCAGAUACGCCGCGACAUACGGCAAUCCGUAUUUAAGAGGGAGCGGCCCCAUUUCAUACGUCCCGCAAGUGAACACAGCCAAUCCGGCCGCAACCCCCGCACCGCCGCCAUACUACUCCGUUAGGAAUAACUUACCCUUACCUGCAACAUCAGGGACGUCACCAUCAUCAUCAUCAUCGUCCAAGCCCUUGACGAGUCCUAUGGCAUCAUCAUCAUCUGUCAAUAGCUCGGCACAGCCACAGGUCCCACGGGUGUCACCUCAGACGGGCUUGUACAUUCUGCCACCGACGAGCCAAGGAAACUUCCAGUCUAAUCAGAUUACUGCCAAAGGUAAUGGUCAAGGAACAGGAACUCACGUUUAGAAACCUAAUAAAAAGUAGUUAGGUGAUUAAAAUAUAAAAAGUAAUACUUGUGUAUAGAACACUCACUCCAUACAUUCUGUUGAAAUAAAUAUCUACUUGGUAUUCCGCUUUGGUUGUGGUAAUCAGUCAGGGUUGUCACUAAAGCGGUUUUUAAGACUUGAUUAGUUUUAAGUGAUAUUGUUUGAGUCAAUGUAAGUAAAAUUAUGAUAUCAUUGUACUUAUAAAAUAAAUUAAUAUUCAUCAAAAUUUUGUGAGAAAAAAACUAGUAAGUAUAAGAAAAUUGUUAAACUUCUGGCCUUUUUACUUUGUAUUAAUCUUAUGGCAAAGCCAAAGAAGGCUUGUGUUUUAUACAAUUAAAAAUGAUUGUGAAGUUUUGAAAGAAUUAGAGUUUUAGUCGAAUAGCAGAGUAUCGUAAGAAUCUAUGACUUUUUGUACUAUUGAUAAUUUAAAUGGCUUUAUUAUAUAACAAAUCGAAACUUUUUAAGCCUAAAAUUAAAAGCUUUAAGUGUCAAUGUCAAAGAAAAUUAGUUAAGUAAAUAAAUAAGUUUAUGUAAUUUUAAUGUUUUCAUACAAUGUCUAUUUCAUUACUUAAGUCAAUAAUAAAAUACUAUUAUUCAAGUUUUAAUAUUAAUAAAAGGCCAGCGAUAAUUAUUUUAUGUAGAUAAAAUAAAAACUUAAUUUUACUUUAUAGGGCAUUUCAUUAUCAAAGUUGAACCUUUGAACUUGUUUGCUACCAAUGUGAAAAAAGAAAAAAGAACUCGCAUGCAAUUUAAGAUACAUUGCGGACUUUUGAGGUUACAUGCAAUUCAGUCUAACGAUCAAAUAGCGCAAUGUAAUUAUGCUCGCAUGCGAGUUUUCGCACCGUCUGAAUGAGACCUAAAAGUUCUAUCAGGUUCCCGAGGUAUAAAUUAUUCCGGAAAAAAGUAAGGCAAAGGAUUGAGAAAAAACCUUGUGAAUGUUUUUCCCUUCUUAGUUUUUUUUGCUUUCGAAAGUACCUACUCUUGAUUUUGGUUCGAGAUUACUUAAAAUGCGUUUCUGUUAAAUCUUUACAAAAAUAGUUUUUCCUUCUACUUAGUUUUAUAACCCAUAAAUUUGUGACACAAAUUAAUGCUUGUCAAAAAGUUAGUCUAUUUUAUUUUAUUAUACAAUACAAAUAAAUUCUUGAGAGUAGGUAAGUACCUAUGUAAAGUUAUCAAUGCUAGAAAUUCUGUCAUAAAUGCUGUAAUAUUCUCUUAUGCUAAUUUCUCAUGGAGACUGAAUUUAUUGUGAAAUAUAUCUGUAACUGUAAAAUAAUAUAAGCCUACUACUUUUAUUCAUCAAAUAAUAAUUUCCGCCCGCUUGUGAAUUUCCAGAAAUGUAUAUUAUAUAUUAGAGCAUAAAAUAUCUGAAGUAUGCCCUUAUAUGUCGUAUUUGCGUACUAAAAAUUUUAAGGGCUCCUCUACACGAUGGCCCAGCGUAGGCCAGUCCAAGGGACGCAGCUAUGCGGUGAAAUGAGAUAGCAAUAUCACUUGUUCCCUCUAACGCAUAAAUGCGUCCCUAGGACUGGCCUACGCUGGGCCAUCAUGUAGAGGAGCCAUAAAAUUGAGAAUUUCGGCCCGAAUCGAAGAAUGAAAAACGAUAACGAUAAGUUCUGGUUAAGAUAAGUUCUUAUUUAGAUAUCGUUUGUAUGUCGUAUAAUUGACAGAAGCAGCUCGAUUCGGGCAACCAAUGUCACUUUGACGUUAGAAAUAUCGUAGAUAGAUCUUAUUGGAAUCACAGCGGAAUCGAAAUAAACGUCAAUUUUGACAUGUCGUUUAGUUAUCGAUCUUUUCAAGAUCUUAAGCUUGUCUUAAUCAUUCUUCGAAUCGGGCCGUUUGCUUUAUUAAAGCGACAGGAAGCGAAGUGUGGGUAGGACCUGUAUAAUUACGUAUUAGGUAUAAGUAUAACGUUAUGUAGGACGGGAGGUGAGGGCGAAGACGAAAAGCCGGCGUUUAGUUAUAUAAGCGCGUGUAUUCCGAACUUACAGAGAUUUUACUAUAGUACUAGUACUUACUUGCCUAGCAAGACCUAACUUGGUAGGCGCGAGCUAGACUAGUAAGUUGUACAACGGCACAUACACUAAAAUACUUCAACUGGGGUGAAGGUAUAUAGCGUGCUGUACCGAAGCUCCUACUUGCAUUUCUCCAAUAAACCUCGGCAACGCUCCGAGGGUCAUGAUUCUUCGUUGCACAGUCGUUAGCGAGAUCUAUCUCGAUCUCAGCGCCAUCUCUUGAUAGCUGGCGUAAGCGGGGCCGACGAUAUGCAUUUACUAUAGCGCGGGCGAGACUACUAGCGGCAUCUAGUAGCUUUGUGGCAUAUUCGUGUUACAGUUACAAUUUUAUGUAAGCGCCACCUAAAAGUCCAUUUUGUUGUGGAUCUCAUUUCACUAUUUUAAAUCAUAUUGAAAAGUGUGCUAGGUAAAAGUUUUUACAAAUAUGUUGAUUGUGCUAUAAAAAUAAAAUAUAAGAAUUUUUUAUAUAA